CGAGUGUAGGAGCCGCCAUGUUUUCGUGAACACUAUUUUCAACUCGGCGUGUGGCAAUGUGGGCUUUGCGUGCGGUGUGUGUGUGCCUCGAUUCGCGCUCGGAAUUGGGAUGUUAUCGCCGACAGUAGUGUGCCUUAAAUCUGCCCGUUCGACUGCGUCGUCCGACGAAGUUGUGUUGGAGUUGCGGCGGCUGUGACUUACUGGGACCCCAUUGAGUUCAAGAGAACAUGGAGAAAUGCCUGCACACGUGACCUUGACGCAAGGAACCAAGAUGUUAAGGUAGCAGUGGGAGCCUGACGGCAGCGUGCGCUUGGCAGAAGCGACGGAACCAGUACCGCAAGCAGCAAGUGGUGGUCGGCCACCUUUCCUUGCCACAACAGUCACUGCCUUUGACCAUCGAUGCUCGUUCUCCUUUAUGUGAUCUCGUUAGUGCUUUGACAUCAUGUAGGUGUUUUCGUGGGUUCCAGAACGUGCGCCGAUGCUCGAGCCACCAGCUCUUCCUUCCGCAUUCCAGCAUUGAGGCAGCAGUGUGUGUUGCGGCUGUGUGCCUUCGUCGUGUGUGUCCGAGUUGUAGGCCUGCCUUCAUUAUGCGAGGCACAGCAAUGGCAAGACUUGAAAGGUGACGUUGUGAUGACUGGCCGUGCCUGCCACUGUGUUCCGUGUGGUGCAAGCGUUGCUGCGACUGUGUGCGCUCGGCUGCUGCUGUGGGAGCGUCUGCUUUGCUUCUGCCUGCCUGCCCUGCCUCUGUCCACUGGAUACUCUGCAAGGACGGCGAAACAGUGACGGCUGUUUCUGCUGCUGGGUCUCUGGCGAAGGCUGGGUCUACAACGCCUGAACGUCGUGGAUCCCGGAGGCCUGUCAUGGUCUCUGGAAGGGGGUGCAUCUAAUGGCGAAUCACCAGCAACAGCCAGCGCAUGACUUUGCACCUUCCUGGCUCAAGAUACCCGCCUAUGACACUGCGAAGAACUCAGAUGCCCCCCACCACAACGCUCGGUCUGACGAACAUCGGCUUGGCUUCCAUCGCCGAUCAGGAGGAAGCUUGCGGUCUGGUUUCCACAGUGAUGGCUACCGGGAGAGAGACCCAGGUGGUCGCCAGUCCCCACUGGGUGACGGUCGGGGCCUGCCGUUCUCGUUGCGGCACGCUUCGGCAGAUGCCGAGGACCGGCUGUUCCACCACUCGGUGCCAAGCAGCGGUGCACACAAGGCGACGCAGCCACCGCGCCGCCCGCACAGUCGGCACGAUUUCCGCGACUUCCUCCAGCCUGCGUACCACAAGAUGAGUCCCAGCGCUGUGCAGAGCAGUGACAACUGUGCCAACGCCGUGGGCACCCAGGUGGGGUCUGCUGCAGUCUCCCAGCGCAGCAAGAAGGAUCCCCCUGGCAACAACUUCAACCAGGAAUUUCCCACGUUGCUGGGCGCUGAGGAAGCUCCUGUUCAACAGCCACCAGUUGUCAACGGCAGUGUCUGGGAGAACCCGCGCAACUCUAAGGUGCAUGGGACGGUGCUGAAGAAGGUGCACCUGGUGCAGCGACCCUCGCCCCGGGCGGAGCCUGCCAGUCUGCUCGAAGUGCGCUCCAAAAGCCCCAACUCCACCUCGGGCGCAUCACCUUCUGUCGUGUCAGCGGCCGGUGCCCUCAGCCCCAAGCUGGGCCGCCCCGCCAGCUUGACUGGCCCUUUGCCAGCUGUCAAGAGUGUGUCGGCAUCGCAGAACUCCCUUUACAAAGCUCUGCUGCCGUCAAAUAAGAAGGGCCAGCUGGCGCAUGCUAUGGAGAUCCUGGUGAAGCACCCCAAGACCAAGGGCAACAAGGGCGACUUCCUCAAAGCACUGCGCUCUGCUGAUGGCAAGGACGAUGAGCCAGCGGUGGCCAAGGGGGCAGGUGGUGACACCAUGGACCUGCACGACCGUACCAACGGUCACGCCGAGGAGGACAACGGGCCGAGGGACGACGAGGGCGGCGACUUGGAGCCUUCAACAUGCGACGUGGGAAAGCUGUCACUCGAGACGCCCGAACACCCGCCACUGUCUAGCUCGCUGGAGGCAGAGCAGAGGCUGCUGCGGGAGAUGGGCUGGAAGGAGGAGGCCUCGGAUGACGACGCCUAUGCACCGCUCACCGAGGACGAGCUCCGGGAGUUCCAAUACCUGACCAAGAUGCGCCAGGAGAAGCAGCAGCAGCAGCAGCAGCCGCAGCGCAAUGGUAUCCAGCGCACCGCAGCAGCUCUGCCCGACCGUGCUGCCCUCUGGAGCCCGCGUCGAGCGUGCGGCCAGGCCUUCACCAACGUGGUGGCCCCGCUGGGCAACGGCUGGAGCUCUUCGUCAUCUUCAUCCGACACGGAAUCGGACAGCAACUGACGAGGCACCACUUCGAUGCGUUUCCUUGCUUCUGCCAGUUUUGCCUGCCCCCCUUUUCUUUACUUGUGGACUGUGUUCCCGGAGAGAGACUCUGCCCUCCCCCUCCCCCCCCUCCCACCUGCUUUCUUUGCCUUCUUUCCAAAUACUGUCCGAUGGUGGUAAGAGUUUCUUAUUUACUGCUCACCCCUGUGAGAAUAGCCAACAGGGAGCUCAUGCCUCCCCGUUUUUUAGUCGUGACUUUGGGACAGCUGCGGCGGCCUGCCCCCCUUACUGUCCCUGCUAGUGCGCUGAAAGUGCGAGCCUGUCAUUGUGUGACUGCCGCCGUGAGAGAGAUUUACCCGCAUGAAGGACAGCAGUACGUCGAGGCCUUUCGGCGUGAUGGAUCUUUGUGACUGUUCGUCGGGGGUGAAGUGCUUGCUGCGUGCACAUGCCGCUCCAUGGCUCGGCCGAAACAAAUUUAUUCCCUUGUCUCGCUCGUACCCCAACGUCGGCUGCCUUGACAACUGCAAUGCUCGUGCUGCCUUGUGUGACAUCGGCCCAGCUUUGUGAGUCUCUCUCUUGUCUUUCAUGCGCUACAAUGUGCCAUGUUCAUCCGUUUCAUUUUUAUUUUUUCUUGUGUCUUCAUUGCAUUGUCCUGCAGGUAGCUACCACGCGAAGGGUUAUUGCGGGCAUGGGAAAUAUUUCUUGAAUUGCAACCCUUGGCGAGGCAGAUUGGAAAUAUUGUGUGAUGCAAGUACUGCACAGGUAUGCAAGUUUUGCUACUGCCACGUUCUGCUAGUUUGAAGUUCAAAGAAAAAGGCGAGAAAUGAAUCUGUUUUGCGGCAGGCCCUUUGGCGCGUCGCCUAGGCCCCGAGUGGGUGUCGGUACAGCUCUUAACUCGUCUCGACGUGAAUUUGGUAAUUUUUAGGUGUGUUGGACGUACUUCUUUUGCACGAGGGUGCUGUUGUCUUGAAAUUAAUUGUGCACUUGCUAGUUUACUCAAAUGCAGUUCAGCAUCGACUGAGCCACGUUUUGUCAGUGUUUUCCUCUUUUUUUUUUUUCCUUGUCUCGCUCUCUCUGAGGAAACCACCGCAGACAGGGAGAACAGUGUCAUUGUGCAGGUGAUGAGGCCACAGUUCUGUGAACUUCGCCCACUGGCGCAUUGCUUUGGCGCCAAGCUUCGUCGCUUGGUGUGGCGUGAUUUUGUAAAUAGACUAUUGCCAGGUCUCUUCCUGUGAGGAACGGGAUUUGUCUUGAAGGGGCACCCCCUCCCCCCUUCUGAGCGUGCAACGAAGCUUGCAGUGGUGCAAGGGAAAUCGUGAUGGAUGCGACGCUUCUCCCGAGAGAUGUCCCACCUCUCUUUUGUACAGUGACUUUUUAUUUCUUCUUGUAAAUGACAUCCCUACUUCUGAAGUGAUUCGACUGAGCACGCUCUUGUUGAGAAGAUUGAAUAAAAAAUGUGAACUUCGAAAGAA